GUGCUGUUGAUUCCUACGAGGGCAGAGAAGAAGAAAUAUGGAUGUAACAAAUCAAACAGUGGUGACAGAGUUUAUUUUUCUUGGAUUUCCAGGCUCCUCUGAACUGCAGCUUGCAUUAUUUGUGAUAUUUCUCACUGUGUAUUUGCUGUCUUUCAUGGGAAACACCCUCAUAAUUUUCCUUAUUCUGAUGGAUUCCACACUGCAAACCCCCAUGUACAUUUUCUUAGGAAACCUGUCCUUCCUGGAGAUCUGGUACACUACGGCCACAGUACCUAAGCUGCUGGCCACAUGUAUCACAAAAGUUGUCACCAUUCCUGUUGCGGGCUGUAUUGCUCAGUACUACUUCUUCUUCUCCCUGGGAGCCACUGAAUGUAUCUUGCUGGCAGUGAUGGCUUAUGACCGGCACGUGGCUGUAUGCCGUCCUCUACACUACUCGCUUCUCAUGAGUGUUCAGAUUUGCAGGAGGUUUUCAGCGGGCUCUUGGAUUGGGGGCUUCAUUGCCCCUCUGCUACCCACCAUACUCAUCUCUCAGUUGAACUUUUGUGGCCCACAAAAAAUCAACCAUUUCUUCUGUGACUCUGACCCUAUCUUUAAACUCUCUUGUUCAGAUACAUUCUUGGUGGAGGCCUUGGGUUACACCUGCAGCUCUGUGGUGAUUCUCAGUUCUUUCCUUCUCACAAUGAGCUCCUAUGGCAACAUUGUGGUCACAAUAAUUAAGCUGUCUUCCCAGGAAGCUAGGAAGAAAACAUUCUCAACCUGUGCCUCCCACCUCACAGUAGUUACUAUCUACUAUGGCACCAUAAUCUUUGCCUAUGUCCGCCCUCCUGCCAAGUACAAUUUCACAAUUGGCAAAGUUGUUUCAGUGUUCUACUGUGUGAUCACCCCAUUAGUCAACCCUCUCAUAUAUACCCUGAGGAACAAAGAUGUAAUGAAAGCUUUCCAGAAAUUUGUAGCGAAAAAGAGAUUUCUAUUAAACAGAAACAUGCAUGAGUUUUGAGAAGGCAACAAUUAAAUUCUGUUUAGAGGGAUGUCUCAG